AUGCAGCCCAGUUGUGUGAUUGUGCUGGUUUUGGCCGCCGCAUCAUUGGUGGCUGCCCGCCCGGAGCCACCACGUGACACGUACAGUGCACCACCGCCGAGCAGCUAUCAGCCAAGUGGACCCAGCGGCGGUUAUGGAGCACCUGCGCCACAAUACGGACCACCACAGCAGCCACCGGUAGUGCACAAGCAUGUCUAUGUACAUGUGCCACCACCAGAGCCAGAGUAUCAAGCACCCAGAAAACCCCUGUAUGUGCCACCACCCCAGAAGCACUACAAGAUCGUCUUCAUCAAGGCGCCCUCACCGCCCGCACCCACAGCACCAGUCAUUCCGCAGUUCCCACAGAACGAGGAGAAGACCCUGGUCUAUGUGCUAGUCAAGAAGCCGGAGGAACAGCCCGAUAUUAUCAUUCCCACGCCUGCACCAACGCAACCCAGCAAGCCAGAGGUCUACUUUAUUCGCUACAAGACCCAGAAGGAGGAAACUGGUCCAUAUCCCAACAGCAUUGCGCCUCCUCCGUCGGAAUAUGGAGCCCCAGGCGCACCUCCCGCACCCUCGGUGCCCAGCAGCUCAUAUGGCGUGCCCGCAAACUAA